AUGGCCGAUGAGUACGGCGAAAGUACCGGGGCUGACUCUCCUUCAAAUGUAGAAUGCAGUGCUACCCCCAGGUCCGAGGCAUCUGCAUCUAGGCAAGCAUCCACAGUACCAGUGCCGUCCAAAGUCCAGCAACCAAAACCGCAGGUCCUUCCAAGCAGAAGCACCCCUUCAGCUAUCCUUGUUUCGACGAGACAAAAGGGCAACCCAAUAUUGAAUCAUAUCAAACUUCUGCCCUGGGAAUAUGCCGAUCUCCCCGCUGACUACGUGGUUGGGGCCACUACCUGUGCUCUCUUUCUGUCAUUGAAAUAUCACCGCUUACAUCCUGAAUACAUCUAUUCUCGAAUCCGACUUCUCGCAGGGAAGUAUCUGCUUCGUAUUCUCUUGGUGAUGGUAGACAUCCCGAACCAUGAAGAUAGUUUGAAGGAGUUAUCCAAGACCUCAAUCAUCAACAACCUCACCCUGACCCUUUGUUGGUCCGCUCCUGAAGCUGCACACUACCUAGAAUUAUUCAAGUCCUCCGAAAACUCCCAACCAACUGCAAUCCGCACCCAGCAAGCACAGUCGUAUAAGGAGUCACUUGUUGAGUUUGUCACGGCUCCCAGAAGCAUUAACAAGUCCGAUGCGGCAAGUCUCAUCUCCACAUUUGGAAGCCUGCAAAAUGCUAUCAACGCGCAGCCAGAACAGAUUAGCGCUGUACCUGGCUGGGGUGAGAAGAAAGUUCGACAAUGGUGUAAUGCAGUGAGAGAAGAUUUCAGGGUGGAAGCAUCGGGGAAACCAGUGGCGCCUGCAAAAAACUUAGAUAGUCAAAAUAACGACGAGUCGACGAGUCGAAACAGCAAGAUGCCAACUUCAAUGAAUGCAUAUGAUGAGGAUGAAAAAGCAAUCUUAGCAGCAGAAGCAGAAGGCGCGUAUGUGGCGUCUCAGGGAGACCUCGUUGAACGUGUCCAUCCAGACAAAGCUACUCAGGAGGAAAGAAUGAGUGAUGGUAUAAUGACCGCUUUGGCAAAACUUAGAGAAAGCGGCAGAUAA